UAAAAAACCGAAAUUUAUAUUGUUUAGCGCGAUUUCGGUAGAUUGCGCAUUUGUAAUUUGUAAUUAAUUUAUAUUAAUAUUAAUUGCAUUAAUCAAUCGCACGGUAACCUGUUAGUUCUAGGAAUAUUAAUUUGAUUACUUGGAUUGUUGAAAGGUGCUGUGAGGUUCAUGAAGCGAUAGUGACUUUUUCAACCAGUGCUCCAACAGGUUCCAACCAUCACCAUGUAUAAAAACCCGAUACUAACCAAGGUUCCCGGUGACGUUACCCGUGGUUUAGACAAAGAGAAACAGGGCUACCUCCAGCAGCUCAGUAAGCUCAGCAAAACAGAGCUGUUGGAUCUAAAAAACCGUCAAGAACUGUUGCUUCAAAACAGGCAUCGAAUUGCCAAACUUCCGGAUCAAGGCGCUAAAAUUAAAAAGUUCUAUGAUCAAAUCCUGAACCAGCUUGAAGCCUACAAACGUGUUGACCAAGCUGCCGAAAUGUUCUCAGAGCUGAAUAUAGCUUCUGUGGGCAAAAAAACUAUGACGAAAAUGGAAUGGAAUGGAAAGUAUAGUAGAGAUGCACAAUCCGAAACAGUUAUCGACAGUGAUGACGAUUACGACGAUAGUAAUGUAGAUCCCUUGCAUAUUUUGGCUCAGAAUACUGCGUCCGAUAAAAAAGUUGUAAUUUUGAAGCCACCACAAAUGCUUAUCACAGAGCAAGAUCUGAAAGACAUCGAGGAGAUGAAGCAGCAGAAAUUGCAAUGCACCGAUGCAAAUCUAGUCGAAGUGGACUUGAAAGCGACGGUUGAGAAGUUCGGCACUGUACUUAAGAAAAUGCAAAAGUCGGAGGCUAAUGAUUCGGUUGAUGAAGCCGCUUUCGACGGCUAUGCAAUUAAAUUCUGCCAAAAAGAACGUAACAGCGGUCCGAAGCAAAAAUAUCUCCCAUUUAAGACGACCAGGACAAAUGUGCAUGAUCCAGCAAAGGAAAAGCAGCGUUAUUUGCAACAUGCCAAUGUUUGGGAGAACACCGCAGCUACUCCACCACUAAACGCGCAUGGUCCUGCAAAACUUUUAACGCUGGAAGAUUCGAUUCGAAUACAAGCGGAAAAGAAUAAAAUCCAUGAACAGGUCAUGCAACGUUACAGCGAGGAUCGGUUGAAACGGCGCGAAGAAAUAAAGGAGAAAGUUCUGGAUACCAUCCGGACCGAUGUUAUGCCCGGUUCAACCGGGUUCACUACCUAUCGUGAUGUCUCUGAUAGUGGCGAAGAAAGCGAAGAAAGCAUAGAAUGCGAAUCCGAUACUCAUGACGAUUAGUAUGUAGUGCAGUUUUUGUUAAUUUUAUUAUUCAAAUACAUCUGUGAUUCAGCAAAUAA